AUGGCAUCAACAUUAUGUUCAAUCCCGGAAGGUUAUCCGGCAGAAAUCAUCGGUUAUGCCGACCCUUGGAUUGCCAGUCCCGGUGAUAUGGUCGAGAUCAAGGUAUCAUCGACCGCUGCUCGGUAUUGUUACCGGACUGUCCGCUUGAUUCAGGGUCUGGACGUACCAAAUGCCGCAAAAGUUCACGUAGAGGAGGUCCUCAAGAUUCACAAGAACGAACUGCCCGGAAGAUUUCAACAGGCUCACCCUGGAUCUUACGGCGUCGUUCCUGGGCUGAUAUUCAGACCAGACGAAGCCGGUGUCGCCGUCUCGUUCUUCGCCCAGCCUUACCUUAUCGACCCUGGCCACGACCAAACCAUGGUCUCCUUAGUUGACAGGGAGGGCCAUUCUGGAGUCUCUAUCGUUUUACGAGAUGGUGGUUAUUUUGCAGUGCGUAUUGGAAUUGGCCAACGACUCAUCGAUGCCGCGGUUGACUACUCCAUCCUCCGAAAGCAAUGGAUCAAGAUCAACAUUGUUGUGUUAAAUUCCACUGUAGAUGUGACUAUCGAGCCGGUACUGCACUUGGGUCAGAAGAGAGGACAAUACCAUCAACAACAUAUUGAGCUACCCGCACCUAUGAUCUUACCGCCCAUGGCCGAUUUAGUCAUCGCUGCCUUACGCCCACGGCCAGGCCUUAAGGCAUCCGACUUCUUCAACGGACGUAUAGAGUCGUUGCGGGUGUCCGCUUGCGGUGCAUCCCAGCGACUCCUCGUCGAUCUCGACUUCUCGCUCAAGAUCUCUUCUGAUAAUAUUGUUGACAUUUCUGGCAACGGUGGGCACGGGAGCCUAAUCAAUGCUCCUUCUCGGGCUGUCAGGGGCCACAACUGGGACGGCAGUGAGACUGACUGGACCAAGGCCAAAUAUGACUACGGUGCCAUCCACUUUCAUGAGGAUGACCUCGAUGAUGCAAACUGGGAUACUGAUUUUGCCAUCGAGAUCCCCCAAGACGCCCGGUCCGGUGCCUACGCUGUCGAAGUCUGCAGCACAGAAGAUCCGAGUGUCAAGGACAGCAUCGUGUUCUUCGUACGUCCGAGACAGGACUCAACAGCCAAACUCGCCUUGGUCCUCUCUACAUUCACGUACACGGCCUACGCCAACGAGCAUAUGUACGACCAGAGCAAGUCCUCGCAACUGGCACUCAUUGGUCAGUCAGAUCCGCGCGCCGACAGCGACUUCCGACGUAUGGUGCGGCGCACCGACCUCGGCCUCUCGCUCUACGACGUGCAUCGCGACGGCUCGGGAUCCGUGUUCUCCUCGACGAAGCGGCCUGUGCUCAAUGUGCGCCCCGGCUUCCACCACUGGGCGUUCAACCGGCCCCGAGAGUUCAGUGCCGAUCUCCUCAUGAUAGGAUUCCUGGAGCAGCUCGGCAUCCCGUACGACGUCACAGUAGAUCACGAGCUACACGCCCAAGGCGUCCGGGCCAUCGAGCGCUACUCCACCGUCAUCACCGGAAGCCACCCGGAGUAUCCUACAUUGCAGUCCCUGAAUGCAUACAGCGAGUUCGCCGCCCGCGGAGGCAACAUCAUGUAUCUUGGCGGCAACGGCUUCUACUGGCUGUCGGUGUUGGACCCGGCAAACCCCCAUAGGCUCGAAGUCAGGCGCGGCGAUCAAGGGGUGCGGACAUUCCAGCUGCCGGGAGGCGAACGGCACCAUAGUCUCAACGGUGCGCAGGGAGGGCUGUGGCGCUCAAGAGGCCGCGCGGCAAACUACCUAUUUGGUGUGGGCUGCUGCGGCGAGGGGAUCGGCCCCGGUGUGCCCUUCCGCCGGACCGCCCACGCGGCGGAUGCCCGCUUCGCGUGGGUCUUCGAGGGCAUCGGAGAGGACGAGCUUAUCGGCGAGCACGGCUUCGGCGGCGGGGCAAGUGGCGAUGAGAUCGACAGGUAUGAUGUUGAGCAUGGCAGCCCAGAGUCAGCCGUCGUCCUGGCGACUAGCAUCGGGCAUCCGGAUGGCUUUGCCCUGUUCCCGGAGGACAUCGGAUUCCAAGAGCUGGCCGUGACGGGAUCUCAGACAAACAAGAUCCGCAGCGAUAUUGUCAUCUAUGAGACCCCGGCCGGCGGCCAGGUGUUUUCCGUCGGAAGCAUGAACUGGUAUUGUUCGUUGGGUUGGGACAGCUAUGACAAUAAUGUUGCCAGGCUCACAGGAAAUGUGAUACGCAAGUUUACGGGAAGCCAAAAGUCAACUUGGGUAUAG